GUUUGAAGAUUCGAAUUUAAUACCCGAAAACAAAACCUUCCUUCUGUCGAACUUCAUAAACCCUCGUCGUCCCUCACUCCCUCCCCUUUCUCCCGUUCGAAAUUCAACCAAAUUCUCCAGAAACCGAGAACCCUCAACAAUGGCGGGCUUCUCCUUCAACACAAAUCCCGCAUCCUCAUCCUCUCCAUCACCGUUUUCAUUCGCAUCAUCUUCAUCCACAUCUCCCUUUUCAUUCUCCUCAAACCCUAGCUCUUCCCCUUCGCUAUUCGGCGCAUCAUCCGCCCCCUCUAACCCUACAUUCGGAACACCUUCAUCAUCAUCCGCAUCUUCAACUUCAUCCUUUGGAUUCAACUUUGCCUCUUCUUCAUCCUCCACACCGUCUUCCGCCGCUCCCUCUUUUGGCUUCGGUGCUUCUUCUGCUUCUACCGGCUCAACGUUCGGGUUCUGUACGACGUCGUCUUCUUCCACUGGUUCCCCGUUUGGUGGAUCUACUUUGUUUGGAUCCAGUUCUAGCUCCGGUGGAACCACUGCUACUACCACUACUACAAGUUUAUUCGGUUCGACAGGUUUGACUUCAACUACUUUUGGAGCUAGCAGCAUUUUCGGGGCUUCUUCGGCUGCCGCUUCGGCUCCGAGUUCAACUACAGCUGCUACUGCUAGUCCGGUUAGUUCCCCGUUUGGUUCCGGCUUAUUUGGCUCAUCUUCUGGAUCAUCAUUGACUACUUUUGGGGCUUCUCCAUCUGUUGCCACAUCAGCAUCAUCAACGUCAUCACCGGCUACAUCAUUUCCUAGCUUAUUUGGCUCAUCAUCGUCAUCAUCAUCAUCGGCUACAUCAUCUAGCUCGAUUUCGAGUUCAGUUACAGCUCAAUCUAGUUCAUCGUCAACACCGGGGUUUUCGUUUCUCAGUUCCUCUAGCUCAAGCUCACUUACAAGUGCUGCACCGGCUUCUUCAGCUUCUGCUUUUUCAUUCCCGAGCGCCACAGCAACCUCUGCUCCUUCGUUUUCGUUUUCCACGAGUGCAGCUGUUGGGAAUUCGACAGGUGCUGCAGCGUCUGCUCCAAGUUUGUUUGGUGGUUCAUCGUCGAGCGCUUCGUCUGGGUUCUCGUUUGGGAAUGUAACAGCGUCGACUGGGCUUCAAGCGUCUUCGGGUUUGGGUUCUAGUGUGAAAGCGGCGACUACGGCUGCAACUGCGAGUGCUACUACUGGUGCUUCUAGUUCUGCUAGUACGACCACACCGGCUUUCUCUGCGUUUGGUGUGGCUUCAUCUAGUACUACAGGCUCAACAGCUACUGGAUCUUUGUCGAGUUUUGCAAGCCCUGCUACUGCUGCUGCUUCUACCGGGACGUCGAGUUCGUUUUUGGGAUUUCAAACAUCCUCCAAAAGUGUAGGCACUCCUACACCAGCGUCUCAACCGCAAUCAACAGCUGCUCUGUCUUUGUUUGGUGCUUCUGCUUCCUUGACAACCACUUCAACUGUUACAACCACUACCGCUCAAACGUCAUCUGCGCUUGUUGUAUCUUCUAGUAGUGGGACAACUACAAGUGUCAGCACGGCUGUAGCCUCUGCUCCAAAGCUGCCAUCUGAAAUUACUGGAAAAACCGUUGAGGAGAUCAUCAAGGAGUGGAAUGUGGAGCUCCAGGAAAGAACUAGCAAGUUCAGGAAGCAAGCUAAUGCAAUAGCUGAGUGGGACAGGAGAAUCUUGCAGAACCGAGAUGUUCUUCUUAAACUUGAGGCAGAAGUUGCGAAAGUUGUUGAUACUCAAUCCAACCUUGAGAGACAGCUGGAGCUGAUUGAGACUCAUCAACAAGAGGUUGACAAGUCUUUGCAGAGUGUGGAAGAAGAAGCUGAGCGAAUAUACAAAGACGAGCAUGGUCUACUUCUUGAUGACGAAGCAGCUUCAACCAGAGAUGCAAUGUAUGAGCAGGCUGAAUUUAUCGAGAGAGAAAUGGAACAUAUGACGGAACAAAUAAAAUCGGUUAUUCAGACUCUCAAUGCCAAUCAGGGUGGAGAACUUGAAGCAACUGAUGGUAUGACUCCAAUGGAUGUCGUUGUCCGGAUCCUUAACAAUCAACUAAGUUCAUUAAUGUGGAUUGAUGAAAAGGCUGAAGAAUUUUCUUCACGUAUUCAAAAACUUGCUAAACAAGGUUCUGCUGCUGAUCGGGAACUGAUGGGCCCAAAGUUUUGGCUGUCCCGAUAAGUGUAACCCUGUGCCGUGUUCAAUUCUGGACUUGCCUUUUAACCGGGAUAUCAAAUAUAUCUGAUUGUGUAUGCAGCCGGUGAAAUCAGUUUGCUAGAUCAAGCUUCAACUUUGCGGCUCUUUAUAUGCAUUACCCCCUUCAUUUUUCUCAUUUAAAAAGUUUGAAUGUGUUGUAUUUUGAUGGUGGAUUAUUGUUGCUCAAGAUCAAUGAACAUCAUGAUUUUUUUUUUUUAAAAUCAAAAGUCGCCUUAAUUAUUG